UGAGAGACGACCGAGAGACGACUGGGAGACGACCGAGAGACGACUGAGAGACGACUGAGAGACGACUGAGAGACGACCACCCAGGGAUGAGUCGUCCAGGCAGCAUCAGGUCGUCUUUGUCUCUCUGUUCUCUGGGGGACAACUGCUCUGACCAUCACCAGCUCGGGACAUCAGGCCACGCCCCCACGGUCGGCUCCGCCCUGCAGCCCCUCUUGUUUCCCACCGUGGACGUUCCUGACCACGCCCACUACAUCAUCGGCUCGGUCAUUCUGUUGGUGGGGGUGACGGGAAUCCUCGGUAACGCUCUGGUCAUCUACGUGUUCUGUCGCAGUCGGACUCUUCAGUCGCCUAGCAACCUGCUGGUGGUCAACCUGGCGGCCGCCGACUUCCUGAUGUCUCUGACGCAGUCUCCUGUCUUCUUCGUGGCCAGCCUGCACCGCCGCUGGGUGUUUGGAGAGCACGCCUGUGAGCUCUACGCCUUCUGUGGCGCUCUGUUCGGCAUCACUUCCAUGAUGACGCUGACCGCCAUCGCCGUGGACCGCUGCCUGGCCAUCACGCGGCCGCUGGCUCUCCUGGGCGGGCUGGGCGGGCGGCGGGUGGCGGCGGUGGUGGUGGGAGUGUGGCUGUACUCUCUGGCCUGGAGUCUGCCGCCAUUCUUUGGGUGGAGCGCCUACGUCCCCGAGGGCCUGCAGACGUCCUGCAGCUGGGACUACAUGAGCUUCACAACCGCCGUUCGUACCUACACCAUCCUGCUCUUCACCUUCGUCUUCUUCAUCCCGCUGGCCGUCAUCGCCGGCUGCUACUUCGCCAUCUUCCGUGCAGUGCGGCAGGCGGGGCGCGAGGUGGAGCGGCUGAGCUGCGGCGAGGCCAACAAGGCGUACGAGCGUCUGCGCACCGAGUGGCGAAUGGCGAAAGUGGCUCUGGGAGUGAUCGUGUUGUUCAUCGUGUCCUGGUCGCCGUACUCCGCCGUCGCUCUGACUGCCACCGCCGGCUACGCCCACCUGCUGACUCCAUACAUGAACUCAGUCCCCGCCGUCAUCGCCAAGGCCUCCGCCAUCCACAACCCCAUCAUCUACGCCAUCAAGCACCCCAAGUACCGAGCCGCCAUCGGCCGCUACGUCCCAGUGCUGGGCCCGAUGCUGAGGCUGCAGGAGAAGGACCUGCGCUCGUCCCUCAGCUCCAGCGUCGCUUCGUCUCGGUGCACGACGUCCGUCCCGCUCGGCGCCGUCCCCCGGGGGACGAGCCGCCCGUCCUCGGCAUCCGACAGCGAGUCGUGUUGGACGGAGAGCGAAGCCGAUGGAUCCAUUUCCGGGUCCAAUCUCUUCAACCAGCUGGUGUCCACCGAGGUCCCUGAACCGGACCGUUCGACGGGGGCACUGUGACGGACACCUGCUGAGGCUCCGCCCACAACAAGGACAAAGACUGCGACCAAAGGACUCUGAUUGGAAACGUCACCAUGAUGUCACUUUCAGUUGCCAUGGCUACGAUGCUAAGCCUGAACGUUGAGCUUUGGUGCUGUAGUGUGUGAUCUACCACCAGUGAUUGAUUGAUUGAUUGAUUGAUUGAUUGAUUGAUUGAUUGAUUG